UUUGCAGAUAUAUAUACACAUGAUAUGCAUGUUACAAGAAGCUCAAAAAACAAGCUGAUCAUAUCAUUUUACCAAUAUCUUUUAUUAGCUAGUAAAUUAUAGGUGUCUUUACUUCCAUAUUCUUGAGCAAUUUCAACUCGAUUUCUCGUAUUGCCAUGAUUCAGUUCCUCUUCAUAUUCAUUUCUCUCACUCCCAUUUUCUCAAGAUUAAUAAUGUCCUUCAGAAGAAAAAAGAGAAAAGUUCAAGCCAAAAAAUACCCUCCUGGUCCCAGGAAGCUACCUCUCAUAGGAAACCUUCACCAACUGGGGAACUUGCCCCAUCGAUCCUUAGAACAACUUUCCGAAAAAUACGGACCAAUCAUGUUCUUACAGCUUGGAUCAAUCCCAACCCUUGUCAUAUGCUCAGCCGAUUCGGCCAAAGAGAUCUUCAAAACUCAUGAUGUCGUCUUCUCAGGAAGGCCUGUUUUGUAUGCUGCGAAAAAGUUCAGUUAUAACUGCGCUUCUGUGUCUUUCGCUCCUUAUGGUGAGUACUGGCGUGAGAUUAGGAAGAUCAUGAUCUUGGAACUUCUUAGUGCAAAGAGGGUUAAGACUUUUCAAGCUGUUAGAGAUGAAGAGGUUGCUGUACUUCUCCAAAUCGUUGCUCGUAAUUCUUCGGUUAAUCUCAGCGAACUCGCGCUUUCUUUCUCGAAUAACAUCAUUUGUCGAGUGGCUUUUGGUAAGAAAUUCGAAAAUGGGAAUACUAGAUUUCUUGAGAUGCUUCAUGAGACGCAGGGUUUGCUUGGAGGCUUCUGCAUGGCAGACUUUUUCCCAUGGCUGGGUUGGCUCAACAAGUUGAAUGGUCUUGAAAUGAGGCUAGAGAAGUGUUUUAGGGAAUUGGACAACUUUUAUGACAAAGUAAUCGAAGAGCAUCUUGAUCCUAAAAGGCCUAAGGCUGAGCAUGAAGAUGUUGUUGAUGUUUUGCUUCAAGUUCAGAGGGAUCCAAGCCAAGCCAUAACAAUCAACAAUGACCAAAUCAAGGGUGUUCUCACUGACAUAUUCAUUGCAGGGAGUGACACAACUGCAACCGCACUAGUGUGGAUAAUGGCUGACCUAAUUAAGAAUCCAUCAGUCAUGAAAAGAGCACAAGAAGAAGUGAGAGAAGUUUCCAAGGGAAAAGGGAAGGUUUUAGAACGAGACCUCUCCAAACUCAACUACCUAAAAUUGGUAAUAAAAGAAGGGUUGAGACUUCACCCUCCGGCCCCAUUACUAGUUCCAAGAGAAACCACACAAAGUUGCAUAAUAGAAGGCUGCCAAGUCCCUCCCAAAACAAGGGUCUUUGUCAAUGCAAAAGUCAUCGGUAGGGACCCGAAAUACUGGGAGGAUCCGAAUGAGUUUCGACCCGAGAGGUUCUUGGAUAGCUCGGUGGAUUUCAAAGGCCAAAACUACUUUGAGUUGUUACCAUUUGGCGCUGGAAGGAGGGGAUGUCCUGGGAUCAACUUUGGAGUGGUAUUGAUUGAGCUUGCGCUGGCAAAUCUCUUGUGUCGUUUUGAUUGGCAGCUGCCUCAUGGAGUGAAGAGAGAAGAUUUGGAUAUGGAAGAAGCAUUUGGGCUUACCAUGCACAAGAAGAUUCCUCUAUGCUUAGAUGCUACAAUAGUAGAUCUUUGAGACUUGAGUAAUCCUAUGGAUUUUCCAGAAAGAGCCGAGGCUUGUUGAAUAAAAUACAAGUUAAUCUUUGUUUCCGAAUGUUAUUAUAGAGUAAAUUUUGGGUUCGAGUAAUCUCUAAUUAGACUGAUCAUAAGAAUCAAAUUUUAGUA